UAGGGGUAAAAGUCAGCUUCUGCUUACACCCUUUCUCCCCCACCCCUUCCUUGGGGCCAUACCCUAGCCCAUUCUCACCACACAGGCACACCCACUGGGGUAGGCUUCAGCUAGAAAGCCAAUAGUGAGUGGUUUUGCAGGAGGAGCACCUGAGCCUUUGUAGCCCCAACCUGCUGAAAGCCCCCAGGGCAAGGCUGCUGCCAAAGGCUCCAGCAAGGGGCAGGUGUCUAGGCUUCCAUAGAGCAGCAGCCAUGGUGCUUGUCCACAAUUACAGUGACCACUUCUACUCUGAUAUGGAGGGCUAUGGAGAGGACAGCAUCCCCUUCCCUGAACAGGGGGCAGCAGCUGAAGUGGGGGGCAGCUUCUGUGAAGGAGCUCUGAGCCUGGACCACAGUGAGAACCCAGAGCACAACCAGGCCCGGGGGGGGCACGUGAGCCCUUAUGAUAACCUGGAUCCAGAAGAUGACAUCAACAGCCAGGAGCCCAUGGAGGUGGACCCAGAGGAGGCAGCCCUUGAGAUGCCUGAGGUUCGAAGGAGCAGGCCCAGCAGGCCCCGCAAUCAGUUCCACUUCACAUACUGGCAGGUGUUGGAAAUGGAGACUGUUUUCCAAGAAACCCAGUACCCGGAUGUACUCACAAGAGCUGUACUUGCCAGAAACAUGGAUGUGCCUGAAGCCAAAGUGCAGGCUUGGUUUAACAACAGGCGAGCCAAACAGAGGGCCCGGGAGAAGAAAGCAAUGCUCAGGAGUGCACCACGUGGGAUCCAGGACCACAUCUGCAUGAUGGAUGCGGAGGAGCCCUAGAGUGCCAUCCUUGCCCAGGAGGCACAUGGAAAUGGGCUGUUUGGUGUCUCCCCUUGCUUAGACAUGGAAGAAAGCCAUGUCUCCCUGUAUCUGAGCCACUGGUAUGACAAUAAGAAUAAAGACAAAUUGUCCCUGU